CCUAGAUGGUAUACUUUAUGGCUGAAGCUGCUAAUGUUUUUAUUCGGUUCUGAGGUUAGAGAAAGAUCAAAUUUAUCACCACUGUCUCGGAGGCCCUUUCAGUUCUCAGCCAGGCGCAACUGGAAUGCAGCAAAAGACCUGCAGAGAUACAGGCACCACUACCCAGGUUUGAUAGAAUCGGAAAAUGAGGAGGAAGAGCAGAUGUGGAACUUAAGCUUUUAUAAAAAUGAGAUUAGUUUUUUGCCCCAUGGUUUGCAUAUUGAAACUCUGCUUGAAUCUUGGUGGGACAACUAUGAAGUUCUGGAAGAAAACCAUUCUUAUAUACAGUGGCUCUUCCCUUUACGUGAGCAUGGGAUGAACUGGCGUGCCAAGCCACUCACACAGCAAGAAAUCCAGGCCUUUAAGAAGUCCAAGGAAGUUAUGCAAAGGUUUGUCCGUGCUUAUCAGCUAAUGCUGAGAUUUUAUGGAAUCCUUCUGAUCAAUGAGGAAACUGGAGAACUGAAGAAAGCAGAGAACUGGGCUGAAAGGUUUCAAAACCUGAACCGGUACAGCCACAACAAUCUGCGGAUUACUCGCAUCCUGAAGUGCCUGGGGGAGAUGGGAUAUGAACACUAUCAAGUGCACUUGGUCAAGUUUUUCCUGACAGAAACUCUUGUUAAGGAGAUGUUACCAAAUGUUAAGAAAAGUGCCUUGGAUUACUUUCUGUUCACCAUCAGAAACAAAAGGAAGAGAAGAGAACUAGUGCACUAUGCUUGGCAACACUUCAAACCUCAGAGCAGCUUCGUGUGGGGGCCACAUGACAAACUCUUGAAGUACAGACCCCGCUCUGCCAAGUCACAGCUGCACCAAAAGGCUGAAGAUCAACAGGAAACUCCUGGUAAAAAAUGUGAUGAUUCUGUGGAAAAGGAUCAGAACCAGUCUUCAGGAGACAAACAGGAAGCUGGAGAUGCUGCAGGCUUGCAGCCUGAAGUGAAUGAUGAAGAUGUGAAAGGGAAGAUAGGUGAAUGUGCUUUGAAGGGAGGUGAUGGUGAAGAGGAGAAGGAGGCUUCCUUAACCCAGCAGGAGGAGAAGGACUUAAACGGUGAGGCUGAAGUGCAGGGCACAGCAGAGAACGAUUGCACAAAGGAGAGCAAGAAGAGAAAACUGGAUGCACAUGUAGCAGACCCUAAAAAGAGUGGAGCAUUGAAAAGCCCUUCUGAUAUUGAAAAUAUCUCCCGUAAUCUGGGAGAAUGUGCCAUUGAGGCAGAAAUCCCCUCCUCAGUUCCACUCUUACAGGCAGAAGAGGACCAGAAAACACUGAAAGAAGAUGAUGCAAGCACCAAAGACUCAGCUGAUGCAGCUGUGAAAAGGAGGAAGGUUGAUAAGAGAACAUCAAGAAGCAAAACAUGCAACUUGGCCAUAAACCUGAACAUGAGGCCUUCUGCUUCUAGUGCCAAGUCAGAUCCAUCUGGUGCAAACACUGAAGCUGAAAAAGAAAAUGUCACUGAGAAAAAUGCAGCUGUGGAAGUGACAAGUGAAAAGGAUAAUGGGGAUGCAAAUGGUGGGGCUGUGACACCCCCAGAUGGUUCCAAGCUCCCCAAAACUGGCCAGACUUCUCCAAUAAGUGAUGCCUUGGAGUUGAGUGGAGAUCAAGUCACAGCAAGGAGUGAUCAACACCACUGCAAUAGCACACUCCUGGGAGGCAAAAGUGAGGUAGAUGGGGUAGAACAGCAUAAAAAGGAAGAAAAUGGGAGUGAAAAAGGGCAGGCAGAAGUCACAGGCAAGAUGCAAGUUCCAGAGAGUCCUGAGCAGAGCAUGGCACCCACUUGUCCUGAGGAAGACAGUGAUGAGGUUGCAACACAAAAACCUGAAAGCUCUGAGCAGGUAGCAGCAGAACCUGCUGCAGAGCAGGUAGCAGCAAAGAGCAGCACACCAAGCACACAGGCAAGUGGAGAUGCCCCUGCCCUGACUGCCAGGAGCCAGCUUCAGUGA